AUGAAGGGUGACGGUAUCGAGAACCCGGUGUUUGAGCCACCCAGCCCCGACCUCCGCCGCCAGCGCCAGGCGAGCCCCGCCGGGGCAGAUGCCGGCGUCCCUGAGGCUGAGGAGGGGCCCUGCGGGUGGGGCCGCUGCGCACCUAAGGCUCUGCAGCUCUGCAACAAUCCUGAGGGCUACCUGGCUGCCUACAGCCUCCUGGCUAUCUUCCAAGGUAUUGUGGUAAAUGGCCUGAUUAAUAUUAGUAUUUCGACAAUUGAGAAGCGUUACGAAUUGAACAGUUCCCUCACUGGCUUAAUCUCUGCAAGCUAUGACAUUGCUUUUUGUGUACUGUCACUGUUUGUAUCUUUCUUUGGAGAAAGAGGGCACAAACCACAAUGGCUUGCUUUCUCAGCAUUUAUGCUAGGAUUGGGCUCACUUAUAUUUUCCUUACCACACUUCAGUAGUGGAAAAUACCACUAUGGAGCUAAACUUGAAGACACAUGUCAAGUUCCAGGAACAAGCUCUGCUAACUUCACUUGCAGUGCCAGCACAAAGUCUUCACUUCCCAACUAUCUGUAUGUCUUUAUCCUGGGGCAGCUGCUGCUGGGAGUUGGAGGAACUCCACUAUAUACUUUGGGGACAGCUUUUAUUGAUGACAGUGUCCCAAAACACAAGUCUUCCCUUUAUAUAGGAAUUGGCUAUGCCAUGUCACUGCUGGGUCCUGCUAUUGGCUAUGUCUUAGGAGGGCAGCUACUUAAUGUUUAUAUUGAUAUCCAGAUCCCAGAAAGUACAAAGAUAGAUCAAGAUGACCCACGUUGGCUUGGAGCAUGGUGGAUAGCAUUUCUUGCAUGCUUUUUUGCAGUUUGGCUCCUUAUAAUACCAUUUACAUGCUUUCCGAAACAACUACCAGGAACAGCAAAAAUACAGGCUGAAAAAAUCUCUGAAACUCAUAAUGAUGGAAGUGAGGUGCUUGUUGAGACCAAGAAUAUUGGAAAAAGUUUUAAAGACUUUCCCGUGGCUCUUCUGAUACUGUUGAAGAAUCCAGUGCUUAUGAGUCUAAUAAUAGCCAGUUCUUCAGAAGCUUUAGUUGCCACUGGCUUUGCCACAUUUCUACCAAAGUUUAUAGAAAAUCAGUUUGGAAAGACAUCAAGUUUUUCAGCAACUCUUGGAGGGCUUGUAUUAAUUCCAGCAGCAGCACUAGGCCAAAUCAUAAGUGGCAUCUUGGUUUCCAAGUGCAAAAUGGAUUGCAAAAGCAUAAUCAAGUUCAUGAUAGGCACUUGUUCAGUGGCCCUAAUAUUAAACACAGUGUUUUUAUUUGCUAAAUGUGGGAACGAACCUUUCGCAGGUGUCUCUGAAACAUAUAAUGGAACAGGCACAUUAUAUAACUUAACAGCACCAUGCAAUGCUAACUGCAGAUGUUUGCGCUCUAUAUACUACCCAGUUUGCGGCAGAGAUGAAGUCCAGUACUUUUCUCCCUGUUUCGCAGGAUGUGCAUCACAUCUUUUUAACAACAUGAAAAAGACGUACCACAACUGUUCCUGUAUUGGGAAACCAGAAAGAGAAAAUGGUUCAGAAGACUUUCUCUAUGAAGCUGUCCCUGGGAAAUGUCCAACACAAUGCAAAUUUUUACCUUUAUUCCUGACCUUCUUCUUUUUUGCUGUUGUUUUUACGUUUAUGGCUGUUACUCCAACAACUGUGGCCAUUCUCAGGUGUGUCCCAGAUAAACAGCGCUCAUUUGCUCUUGGAGUACAGUCAGUGUUUCUACGACUACUGGGUACUAUUCCUGGACCAAUUUUGUUUGGUGUUGCUAUAGACAACAGUUGUACUCUGUGGGAUAUUAAUGAAUGUAAAACGAAAGGAGCCUGUUGGGUUUAUGACAAUGAAAGAAUGGCUUAUCUACUGAUGGGCAUAAGUGCUGCUUGCAAAAUCAUCACAAUCAUCUUUGUGGUCAUAGCAGUAUGGUUGUAUAAGCCUCCACCAGCAAGUGCAGCCCUGUCACAAAAGGAUUCAGAAACGGUGUCUGCUAUACAGACAUAA